AUGGAAGAGACUAAAAUAAUUUAUCAUAUUGAUGACGAGGAAACGCCUUAUUUAGUUAAAUUAACAAUAUCACCGGAACGAGUGACACUAGCAGACUUUAAGAAUGUAUUGAAUCGUCCGAAUUACAAAUUUUUUUUCAAGUCUAUGGACGAUGAUUUCGGAGUUGUCAAAGAAGAAAUUGUUGACGACGAUGCACAUCUUCCCUGUUUCAAUGGACGAGUCGUUUCAUGGCUCGUAUCCGCUGAGGGAAGUAAUGUAUCUGAUGGAGCGUCACAGUGUACAGAUUCAGUGGCUCAUACUGAUGCUAAACAUGACAGGGUUGAUCAUGUACCACCAGGUCUCACGAACCGCGGACCACCGACAAUGUCACACGACGACACACUUACUGAAACAGAAAGUAUUAUAAGCAGUCGACAGGGUCAUCAUCAUUUACAUAAAAGUUCAAAACAUCAUGCUGAUAAAUAUGAAAAGUAUUCUAAAUAUAAUGGAUUACGUAUAAAUGGACAUUCAAAACACCGUUCAGGGCACGGUUACGAAACAGCGUCAAUAUUGAGUUCUGAUCUCGAGACAUCGACAUUCAUGGAGUCUGAUGACGAUGCAAGCAGUCGUAUAACAUCAACAACUGGACGUCACACAAAUAUGAGUAGUACUAUUGAACGUGCUACAUUAGAUCUUACUAACAUAAAUAUGACCUUUGGUUGUCGGUGUGUUGUUUUAGAUCGCCGUAGACCUCAAAGACGACGGCGACAUAGACUCCCGCCAAUGUCUCGUACAUCCUCAUUCAGUAGUAUUACUGACAGUACCAUGUCACUCAAUAUUAUAACGGUAUCUUUGAACAUGGACACUGUUAAUUUUCUUGGUAUUAGUAUCGUGGGGCAAAGCAAUAAAGGUGGCGACGGUGGAAUAUACGUCGGCUCUAUUAUGAAAGGAGGCGCAGUAGCUUUAGACGGCAGGAUAGAACCCGGUGAUAUGAUUCUCCAAGUUAACGACAUAAAUUUCGAAAACAUGUCUAACGACGAGGCAGUAAGAGUUUUACGUGAAGUCGUUCAAAAACCUGGGCCAAUAAAACUGGUCGUGGCAAAGUGUUGGGAUCCAAAUCCAAAGGGCUACUUCACAAUUCCACGUACAGAACCGGUUCGCCCGAUAGAUCCUGGCGCUUGGGUAGCGCACACAGCAGCAAUACGCGGUGAAGGUUUUCCACCACGUCCACCAAGCGCAACGACCUUGACUUCGACAUCUAGUAGUCUCGCUAGUACGCUGCCCGAUACUGAACGACCACUGGAAGAGUUACGCUUGAGUAUCAAUACAGAUAUGCCAACGAUAGUACGUGCAAUGGCCCGGCCGGAUUCUGGCCUCGAGAUCCGUGACCGUAUGUGGUUAAAAAUAACAAUCCCAAAUGCAUUCAUCGGUGCAGAUGUUGUUGAUUGGCUAAAUACACACGUUGAGGGGUUUAUUGAUCGUCGCGAUGCGCGUAAAUAUGCAUCGCUUAUGCUUAAAGCUGGAUUCAUCAGACACACCGUCAAUAAGAUAACAUUUUCCGAACAAUGCUAUUAUAUAUUUGGUGAUUUAUGCUCGACAAUGGGCAGCAUGAAACUCGACGGCGAUACUGUUGGACCCCUGCCACCACCCAUCGGUUGGGAGCUUGGAACGUAUUCAGGACCUUAUGCACCCCAUUCCGCUGCUGGAUACAGUCCAAUGCCCUUUAAUUUCACCAAUGAACCUACUAUAUAUGGUUAUCAUCGUGAAGAAAGUAUCCACAGUGAGUCAGGCGGAAGUAGCGCGGGUAGUGAGCAUAUUUGCAAAGAGCCAAUUCAUGACUUAAAAUCGUGUUCAUCAGCAUCUGAGUCCGAACUCCACGUACCACCAACAGUGCCGAACAAAAAUUCCGGCAAUGGCAACGGAUCUAAUGGGAAGCGAUCCAACGGCAGCCGCAGCAGAUCAAGCGGUUCUGAGCAAUCGGUACAAACAGGCACUGGCUCGUCGAAUCAGCAGAAUCAGCAAGAUUUAUCUGGUAGUAGACAGUCAUUUCGAAUUGCGAUGGGAAAUCCGUGUGAAUUUUUUGUCGAUGUUAUGUAG